UCAGAAGUUUCUUCAGAUCCGAAGAUAAAGGUAAAAAGUAUUAAUUCAAAACCCAUCAGGUGAAAAGAUAAAAAGAGUCUCAGUCUCUGCGUACGUGCGAGGACUUUACAUACCUAUGUAGUGCAUACUUUUUCUAUUUUGACAUAUAUAUAGGGAGUUGGGUAGAGGGAGAAGAGAGAGAGAGAGAUUGUGUAUAUGUGUGAAUUGGGUUGAGAUUAAAUAAGUAUUGAAGAAAAUCAACGGGUUCUUCCUGGUUUUGCUAGGGCUUAAAAAUCUAGUUUUCUUGUUUACUAUUGGCUUAUUUUUUUAUAUAUAUAUUUUUAAAUUGCUGUGUUGUUGAAGAUGGAUGGGGAUGUUGUAAACUUGGUGUUUCUGCUAAGGAGUGAGAGCGGAUAAUUUUACAGCGAGGGGUUAUCAAUUUUGUGUAAAAACGUUGGAUUUUAAAGUGUUUUCUACUGAAUUAAACGAGGAGAUUGAGUUUUACAGUUUUGAAUUAUUAUGGAGUUUUUGAUGUUUGUGCAGAUGGAUUUGUUUGGAAACUGGAGAUUGAAGAGCUAUUGAUGUUUGAAGUGUGAUAAACGAGAUUCUAAAGAAAGGUCUUUUAUGCAUUGAGUUUUGGGUUUAAUAACUGGGCGAUAGAAUUGUUGAUUGAGAUGAUUACAUUUAUAGAAUCCAAAGAGAAAAUGAAAGAACAUGAGAAAUGCUUGGACUCUCAAUUAUGGCAUGCUUGUGCCGGUAGUAUGGUCCAAAUGCCGCCGGUGAAUUCAAAGGUGUUUUACUUCCCUCAAGGGCACGCAGAGCAUGCCUCGGGAAACGUUGAUUUUAGGAGCUGCCCUAGAGUUCCGGCAUAUAUAAUUUGUACAGUUUCUGCAAUUAAAUUCAUGGCGGAUCCCGAGACUGAUGAGGUUUUUUCGAAAAUCCGAUUGAUUCCUGUUAAUGGAAAUGAGGCUGAUUUUGACGAAGGUGGAGUUGGAGUUGGUGGGAUCAAUGUGUCGGAUAAUCCUGAUAAACCCACUUCAUUUGCAAAGACAUUAACACAAUCUGAUGCAAACAAUGGCGGGGGUUUUUCUGUACCGAGGUAUUGUGCGGAGACAAUUUUUCCUCGACUAGACUACUCUGCCGACCCUCCUGUUCAGACCAUUUUGGCAAAGGAUGUUCAUGGGGAGACUUGGAAAUUUAGGCAUAUUUACAGAGGGACACCAAGGCGCCAUCUCUUGACAACAGGAUGGAGUACUUUUGUGAACCACAAGAAGCUUGUGGCAGGAGAUUCAAUUGUGUUUUUGAGGGCAGAAAAUGGGGAUCUUUGCAUUGGAAUCAGGCGGGCAAAGAGAGGAAUUGAUGGGGGACUGGAAACGCCAUCUCUGUGGAACCCGGCAGGUGGCAGUUGUGUUGUGCCUUACGGAGGAUUUUCAGACUUACUGAGGGAAGAAGACAAUAGAUUGACCAGAAAUGGUAGUGGAAAUGCUGGCAGGAAUUUGAUUGUCCGGGGAAGAGUGAAGCCUGAAUCAGUUAUUGAAGCUGCAACUCUUGCUGUCUCUGGACAGCCUUUCGAGGUGGUUUUUUAUCCUCGAGCUAGCACACCCGAGUAUUUUGUGAAGGCAUCUCUUGUAAAGGCAGCAUUGCAAACUCAGUGGUUCUCUGGCAUGAGGUUCAAGAUGGCCUUUGAAACAGAGGAUUCUUCACGAAUAAGUUGGUUCAUGGGAACCAUAUCGUCAGUUCACGUUGCUGAUCCCAUUCGCUGGCCAGAUUCACCUUGGAGACUUCUCCAGGUGAUUUGGGACGAGCCUGAUCUACUCCAAAACGUGAAACGCGUGAGUCCAUGGCUGGUAGAAUUAGUGUCAAACAUGCCCACCAUCCAUCUCUCUCCUUUUUCGUCACCGCGGAAGAAAUUGAGAUUACCACAACAUCCCGACUUCCUUCUCGAUGGCCAACUUCCAUUGUCAGUUUUUUCGGGCAACCAGGUUCUUGGAUCCAGUAACCCAUUUGGUUGUCUUCCUGACAAUACUCCUGCUGGCAUGCAGGGAGCCAGGCACGCUCAAUAUGGUUUAUCAUUACCAGAUCUCCACCUCAAUAAACUACAGUCGGGUUUAUUUCCAGUUGAUUUUAUGCCGCUCGAUCGAGCUUCUGUACACAUGGGAGCUUCCAAUCUAAUCUUACCCAAGCUAGGUAAUAACGAGAAUGUUUCUUGUCUUCUAACUAUGGGAAGUUCCAACCAAGUUUCAAAAAGAACCGAUAAUCGCAAGGCUGGCCAAUUCCUACUUUUUGGUUGCCCAAUUCUUACUGAGCAGCAGAUUUCUUUGAGCUGCUCUGGCGAUACAGUUUCAACAAUUGGCACAGGCAAUAGUUCUUCAGACGGAAAUGCAGAUAAGAUAGGAAAUACUUCUGAUGGAUCUGGUUCCGCCCUUAAUCAACAUGGUGCACCAGAGCGCUCAUGUGAAGGUUUUCAUUUGGAACUCAACCCUGAGACUGGUCACUGCAAGGUUUUCAUGGAGUCAGAGGACGUAGGUCGCACGUUGGACCUUUCUUUGCUCAGUUCUUAUGAAGAACUAUACGGAAAAUUGGAAAAUAUGUUUGGUGUUGAUAUAUCGGAGAUGCUAACUCAUAUCUUGUACUGGGAUGUCACAGGUGCUGAGCGAAAACUUGGUGAUAAACCAUUUAGUGACUUCAUGAAAACAGCAAGAAGGUUGAAGAUUCUAUCUGAUUCAAGCACCAAUAAUGUAGUAAUGUAGAGCCAUAACCAAACAGCGAAAGCUCCGGUUGCUUAUUGUACAGCUGAACUACUGAAAGCUUUGUUCCUGACUUCCUUUUGACGACGCAUUUGACUGAAUUUUCGCAACUGAUUCACCCUAUAAAAUUCAAAAUUGAAACAGGAAAACAGGAAUUGUAACCUCGUUGCCGGGGCUGACUAGCAAGUAUGCCAUCCCCAUGGCAUUUUCUUUUCUCAGCUGAUUCUCAAGCCUUCAACUGUCGAUAUCAGGGCUUUUCCGUAAUUUUACUGGAAAAUCUUUCCCCGAAAUGUUAUGUAUCUCUUGGAGAUUCCAUCAUUUGACUUCAAGUUUCCAGGGUCCCUUUUGGGAGGUAUUUUCAGGUAUAUCUUCCAAGACAAAUUACUACAAGGUGGGCUUUUGUUUGUCGAUUUCAUAGUUUUAAGAAGACAAUUUCCUGUUAUGUUUGUUUUUGAGAGGAUAAGUUUUAUCUUAUUCCGUGAGCUUAAGAUGAAUUUCGUCUGUACAGCCAACACUUUUCUUUCUUACUCGAAUAAAAUCUCUGUAUAUUUGGUA